GCGUGGCAUUCUUCGAGCGCGGCGAUGACGUCCUCGCAAGCUACGCAGAAUUGUGAGCAGGCUGUGAUCAGCAUCAAAUGAGCAGUUACAUACCGAGGGCGUUCUUCGUAUGCAAAUGUGGAUGCAUGUUGGUUGUGUCGAUGAUGGCGAAAGUUCCAUCGGAGGGACGGACGGGCGGGUUUGGCGAUGCGAUCUUAGUGGCGCUUGGGCCACUGGAUUCUUGGUGAGGUGGGUUAACCUGGGCUCAUCCCACUUUCGCCAGUCCGACAUAACGGCGUCUACCAAACAACGACAGCACGACCUCAACCACACUGAGCAGAUCCAAGGCAUCCACAGUCUGCGCAAUGUCGGAAGCAGCUGCGCAACAAGGCUCUGCGCAGGCGCAACAGCCGAAAGUUGAUCUCCAAGCCACGUACUCAAAUUACAAGAACACUCUGCAACAAAUAGCACAGAAAAUCGGCGAUAUCGAGCAGGAAGGAGAAGAACACAAACUGGUGCUCGAAACUUUGGAACCACUUGAUGGCAACCGCAAGUGCUACCGCUUGAUCAACGGCGUACUCGUGGAGAGGACAGUUGAGCAAGUUGUCCCUGCCUUGAAGACGAACCAGGAGGGCCUAAAGAAGGUCUUGGACGACAUGUUGAAGCAGUACAAGACGAAGCAGGAGGAGCUUGACAAGUGGAAGAAGAAGAACAAUGUUCAGGUAGUCCGUCAAUAAGAGACUAGGCCAAUCGAAA